AUGAAUUCAAUACUAUCUUUUCUUCCUCACGAAGAACAUAUUCGAGCUGCACCUGAUUUCCAACUUUCGUCUUCUGAAUCAAAUCUUCUUAUUACUCUACUCAAUCAAGAAGACCAACAUCAAUACAAUGAACUUCUCAAUAUAUCACUCCCUAUACAUAUACAACAACUUUUACAUGAAUUAUCUUUACUUCUUCAUCUAUCAUCUUCCACUACAUGGAUGAUUACUAUCUUACUCAAACAACUUAUCAUUCAAAAACAUUCACUUGAUUUAUUAACUGUUGUUGCUUGUGUUACACUUUCAUUCAAAUAUCAACAAUUAUCAUCACAAACUAUUGACUAUGAACUUAUUGCUAAAUGUUGUCAAAUCGAUAACAUUCAACAUAUUCAUGAUGCUGAAGUUGAUCUUCUUGAUCUUUUCUCUUAUGAUAUAUCUGUGACAACACCUGACCAUUUCUUUUCUUAUUUAUCCAAUGUUAAUAAUAAUUUGAAAGAAAUAGUUGAACAAGCUCAAUCUCUUCUUUCAAUCAGUUCAUAUGCAUAUGAAACAUAUCAACUUCUUCACAAUUAUCCAUGUAGUAUUGUAGUUCUUUCAUUGAUGUACACAAUCACUUCGAAUACUUUUACCAUUGAACAAAUCAAAAAUUUCGUUACACAUAAAAAAGAUGCAGUACAUUAUUCAGAUCAACUAUUAAAUUGUAUAACUCAAAUUCAAAAUAUAUUUUCAUCAUGCUGCUUACAUUGA